AUGGCUCUCCUCCUUACUCAGGUUUAUCUAUUCAUUCCUCCUUAUGUUUGGUUCAAAGUUUCGGCUGCUGCAACAUCUUCGCUCGUGAGUGAUCGCUCCCUCAAACUCAGAACCUUUUUGCUCCUUAAGACUACUAACUUGAGCUCGUUUGAGAAGAGGGCACCUUCGGCGAUGGCAUUCAGCAUUGGAGUACUGCAGAGGCUCCCAACAAGAGUUGCUACUGCUGGCAGAAUAGUGUGUGCCGUACCACAAGGUGGUAAGGUUCCUGUGGCCCCUUCAGAGCUGGAACAUGCGAUGAGGCCUCCCACAAAUCUAUACACGGUUGAUUCGCCUCACACAGCCACCGUUCUCUCUGUUAAGAAGAUUUCUGGUUCAAAUGCUCCUGCUGAGACAUACCAUAUCGUACUUGUUCAUGAUGGCUCUUUUCCUCACUGGGAGGGACAAGUUUUCGGUGUAAUGCCCGCGCCUGAAAAUCCUUUCGAACCAGGAGAUACCGAAAUGCUUAGAUACUUUUCUGGUGCUUCUUCAAGGUAUGGAGAUUAUUUUAAUGGCAGAACAGUUAGUUUAUGUGUGCGUCUUGUCCCUGGUACUACUAGCGAGAUUUUGUGCAACUCAAAGCCUGGAGAUAAAAUUCAACUUACUGGUCCCACUCGUGAAGCAAUGAUUUUGGGAGACAAUAACACCAACGCAACUCACAUAUUUGUGGCCACUGGGACUGGUAUUGCUCCAUUUAGAGCCCAUCUCGGUCGUUUCUUCAAAGAAAAUAUUCCAACAUUCACAUUCGCUGGACAUGCUUGGCUAUUCCAUGGGGUGUCUAAUGAGGACAGUAAACUCUAUAAUCACGAAUUUAUUCAAUAUAGAAAAGAGUACCCUGAAAACUUCCGAUAUGACAUAGCAUUGAGCAGAGAACAGAAGAACAGCAGUGGUGGAAAGAUGUAUGUUCAAGACCUUUUCCGAAGGCAUGCUACUGAGGUGUUGGUGAUGUUGCUUAAGGGAGCCUAUAUAUACUUAGCUGGGCGCAAGGACAUGGUGACUCCAAUUGAAGAUGCCUUAAGGGAUGCUGCCACUGAAAUCGACAAAGAUUGGGAUGGAAUACUGGCCACAUUGAAGAAAAACAACCAAUGGCGUGUUGAAGUCUACUAA